UAUUUGGGUGAGGUCAGAUUCAUAAUUAUCUGUCCAAGUCAAAAAAGAGCACCAGUAGUCAGGUCAGUUAACAAACCUGUUUGACAGGGUGCUGUGAAGGUGUGUACAUGGGGCCUACCAACCCUAUGGAGAGGGGCGUGACCUGAUUCACCCAGUAUGAGAUCUAACUGACUCCUGUGGGGGGUUGGACCUGUGGAGGAAACCCUCUCACACUAUUAGGAAGAUACACAGCCUAGUCUACGAGCAGUGGCUGCACUAUUACUAAAGAAUCAACUACUGGUAUCAAUGACAAUGGCUGAGAGGCUUCCUUUGAAUGAUAGCUGUGACUCGUACUCAGACGAGGAAGAAUCGUUUGCAAGCGUUUUUUCUCCGCCUUCAGCAGAGCAGGCACAUGGACCUCAUGGUGGUGAGCUUGCUUUGGGUGAAGUUAAUGUCCCUCCUGCUGUAUACAACGGCAACCUGGUACCACCUCCGGCUCCGGCAAUGCCACCAGUUGUGCGACCCUUCCGAGUUAACAUCGAACACAAUGUUCCCGCUGAACAUGUGGCGGGUGUAGCUGGUAUGGGAGACAUUGCCAUGCCGGAGCAAGAAACCAUUGAGGAUUCCAGUCGACCUGCUGCCCUGAUUGUAGGCCAUCAUGUACACCCAUUGCAACAUCCCCCUCUAUUGCCGAGACAUGUGCACAAUCAGGCAAAUGUUGCACCUCACAUUCCUCAGCAAGAGAGUCAAGAGGGCCGCGAUGGACCGGAUGAGCUGGUGGUGGGCCAGCUGCUCCGAGGAUGGUUAAAUCAUCAUCACAAUAUUCGUAGGGGUGCACAACGACCCAGACAAAGAUACUGCUAUCCCAUAAGAAGACAACGUCGGCCCCAGCAAGCUGAUUAUGGUAGCUCAUGUCUUCUCCGAGUGGGAAAUGUCAGGAUGUUAAAGGAGAAAGCUCGCCAAGGGAUUGGAGUGUGUCUAACCUAUCCACCAUUCUAUAUCAAAGGUUAUCGGGUGUGUGUGCGAGUGUACCUGGAUGCAGAUGGUAUUGGGAGAGGUACUCAUCUCUCUAUUGUCUUAGUACUGAUGCGUGGGGAGUAUGACACCCAACUGCAAUCGCCAUUCAGACAACAAGUCACUGUAAGACUUCAAGACCUGCAGUCUGACCAUGAUACACUCUUCUUGAGGGUCACACUGCGAUGAACUGACACAUUUUGCACGGAUUAACAUGUGAAUAAGUGAACCAUGGCAAUAAUUAUAUUCAAACAAGUGUGCUAUAGUUUUGUGUAAUGUCAAUUUUGUCACUUAUCACAUCUUUAUAUUUAUAUCACCCCCCCAAUCAUCGACACAGGUGUAUAGUACCCCACUCCACCACUUAAGCAUUUUUCUGUCUCUCUUAAAUCUGUGGUUCAAUAAUUUAUAUCAUUUUGCUGAAAUUAGA